AUGGUUUUUUUCCGAAAAUUAACAGACAUACUGAUAAAAUUUUUUUCCUUAACUUUGCCCGAUUUUUUAAGUUUAUACAAUCCAGAAAGAGCUAUGAUAAUAAGGCAAAUUGCCACAACUUUAGGCAAUUCUAAAAAAGAAAAAAAAACAAAUAAUUGUUUGAUAAGUAAUAUCAAUGUUGAUAAUGUUCAUUGUAGAUUAUAUCAACCAAAUACUAUAAAAAAUAAUUGUUUAAUUAUUUAUAUUCAUGGAGGAGGUUGGUGUACAUUUAACGCUCAAAAGUAUGAUUAUUUUAUUGAAAAAAUAAUUGAAAAACUUUAUUGUUACUGCAUUUCAAUAGAUUAUACAUUAUCACCAAAACAAAAAUUUCCAUAUGCAAUUGAGGAAUGUUGGAAAGUAGUUAAAGAAAUUGCUUCUAAAAAAAUGAAAUUUUUAAAAACAUUCCAACAAAUAAUGUCAUAA